GCGUAAUUGACUUAGUCAUGAGGCUAAUGACCGCUGGCCUCGUCGCCCUUGUUUGACAUGUGAGGUUUUAUGGCAUGAAGCUGUUUCAGGGUUUUGUGACAGAACCCCCACCAUCCAUUUAUGCUAUUUUAUAACCAAUUUUCACCACAACCUGGGAUCAAAAAAGUAAAGGAUAAUUUUAACUGGAUAAAACUCACUCAAUUUUCAGUUCCUGAGCUCCUAAGUGUGAUUGUUUGACCACACAUAGGUGUGUUUGAUAGAAGUUGAACUUACUGUAACUUUUAAGGUAUGACCUGCUACUUUGUUAGCUGCAGUCCAAUCACAGCUCACUUUGUGUCUCCUAAGAAUAGACUGGCCCAAAGCCUCUUAACCACGGACCACAUAAGUUGCUUUCCCUGCGUGCUCAUCUUUGCAUAAACGUGCAAAGGCACUUAGCAGGAGCCAAAUCCCCGAGCGGCGCGUGGACAUGGAGGAUGCUCACCAAGCAGGUGCUGCCGGUGCUCACUUGUGCCCAAUGAAACGCAAGAUGGAGGACCUUGAAUCUUGUCGCUUUUUUGCUGCUUUUCAACAUGCCACAUGAUUCCCUCCCAAAGGCUGACCCGGCAGGGCUGGAGAGACUGGUGGUGAACACGGCUUACCUCAAGGCUCAGCAGGGCGGCCGCAAUGAGCCGAACAUGCAGAGAGAAUUCCUGACGCUGCCCAAGCCAAAGAAGUCGACUGCUCCAAGGGGAGCAGGCGAGAAGACCUACGAGUGGCUGUGUGAGCGGCAGCCCAUCGGGAAGAAGCUGUUCCUGCAGUUCCUCCUGACCUCUGACCCGCAGCGGGCAGCCGCUGCAGCGUUCCUGCAGGAGCUGCACGACUGGAGCUUUGCUGAGGAUGCGACCAGAGAGAAGGUCAGACAAAGGAUACUUGCCAAGUUCUGUCAUCCUCAGUCUCAGACGUUUCUGUCUUACCUCACAGAAGACUCAAACGUGUGCAGGACCUUAUCAGACAAAAGCCUCGAUGAGGAAACAGUGCAGAAGAUAACAGACGCCACUAAGGACUUCCUGAAGGGGAAACCUUUCCUGGAAUACUUGAAGAGCCCCUAUUUUUACCGGUUUCUGCAGUGGAAGGAGUGUGAGAGGCAAAAGAUUACCGACAAGUACUUUUAUGAGUUCAGGACUUUGGGAAGAGGAGGCUUUGGUGAGGUUUGUGUUGUGCAGGUGAAGUACACGGGCCACAUGUACGCCUGCAAGAAGCUGGACAAGAGGAGACUGAAAAAGAAAAGCGGGGAAAGGCUGGCCCUUCAGGAGAAGCAGAUCCUGGAAAAGGUCAACAGUCCCUUCAUCGUAAACCUGGCUUAUGCCUACGAAAGCAGGACCCACCUGUGCCUGGUCAUGGACCUGAUGUCUGGAGGAGACCUCAAGUUCCACAUCUACGAGUUGGGGGAGAGAGGAAUCCGCAUGGAGCGAGUGGUUUACUACGUCGCACAGAUCAUCUCCGGAAUCCUCCACCUGCACUCCAUGGACAUUGUGUACAGAGACAUGAAGCCGGAGAACGUGCUGCUGGACGGGAAGGGCCAGUGUCGAGUGUCCGACCUGGGAUUGGCUGUGGAGCUGCCGAAUGGGAAGAUGAUCUGCCAGAGGGCUGGAACAACAGGCUACAUGGCUCCUGAGGUUCUCAAGCAGGAGUACUACCGCACGUCUGUGGACUGGUGGGCUCUGGGCUGCAGCAUCUACGAGAUGGUUGCUGCUCGCCUGCCGUUCAAAGACUUCAGGGAAAAAGUCCAGAACACGGAGGUAACUCGCCGAACUCUGGAGGACGACUGCAAGUUUGAAGACAAACGAUUUGAUGCUCCCACCAAGGAACUCAUCCUCCAGUUCCUCAAGAAGAAGGUGGCUCAUCGUCUUGGGUGCCGCAAAGGGGACGACCCACGUAACCACACAUUUUUCAAGAACAUCAACUUCCACCGCCUGGAAGCAGGGCUGGUGGAGCCCCCCUGGGUACCAAAGCCGAACGUGGUCUACGCCAAACACAUCGAUGACUAUCGGGACAACUCCGACGUUAAGGAUGUGGAACUCGACGCCAAGGACGAGAAGUUCUUCAAGGACUUCAGCACGGGUGCUGUCCCCAUCCGAUGGCAGAGGGAAGUCAUCGACAGUGGGUUGUUUGAUGAACUUAACGAGACCCAAAUGAACGGUAAUUGCCACGAGACUGUUUGGAUUUCCAGGCUGUGCAUCAUUUUGUGAGCUAAAAGUUGAGGCUCUUGACUGUUAAAUUAUUCAAAAACAAGUGCCAGUUUGAGUUGUGUUGCUAAGGUCUGUCCUCUAAACAUGGGUUGUGUUUGUGCUAUUGACAAAAAAGACAGUAAAGUGAUCAGUAAAGAUGCAGUAAUUGUGAGCAGAUGGAUUUUCAAAUCACACCUUCAUUGUAACUCCAGAGUAGGGCUGUGCGAUAUGAGGAAAACUUGAGAUAUUAUUGACUAAUAUUGCCGUGACGAUAUGACUUUAGAUACAAGAACAAAUAGCAAAACAAAAAACAACUUGUAGCCUACAUCUUUUCCAUUUCACUGCAACAGUUUGGUCUAAAUAAGUCAAAAUAACUUGAAUUGAAUGAUCUGCUAGCAAUUCCCACCCUUCCUCCCUCUUCUGGUAAACACUUUUGCUAGCUCACCAUGCUAAAAUCCUUCAAAGUCUACAACUUGUAUUUUCAAUAUUUCUUUUU